CCUCCUCGAGACGAAAUCAAAACCCUAUACGUCUCUUCCGCUUCCCCAAAAUUCAUCUACUCUUUUCGGUUUCUCCAGUGGAUUAUACCUGGAGAGGUCACUACCUUGGAACCCUGGAUUUGCGCAACAAGUACGUUCUUGGAGCCAGUAAAUAAAUUCUUCGAGAUUGUCGAUGGGUUCGGUUUCCGAUUGUUGGAACAUCCGUAUUCCUUCGCAAAGAUCGGUUUUUUUCUGACACGCUGUUACUAUUGGAGGAAUAUUUUGAUUGAAUCAGGUCGUUUUAGUUGAGAAUUUGAGGGUUUUUUGAGAGUUUUGAAGCACAAGUGUGAUCUCAUAGGGGAAAGGUAGGUUUUUGGAAAUGGAGAAUAUGGUUGGUCAGAGCUUGGAGGAAAGCCAGCCCGUUGAUCUCUCUCUGCAUCCGUCUGGCAUUGUUCCCAGAUUUCAGAAUAUUGUUUCGACGGUAAAUUUGGACUGUAGGUUGGACCUUCCAGCCAUAGCUAUUCAGGCUCGAAAUGCAGAGUACAAUCCCAAGCGUUUUGCUGCAGUCAUUAUGAGAAUAAGAGAUCCGAAAACCACAGCUUUGGUAUUUGCAUCUGGAAAAAUGGUUUGUACAGGAGCAAAGAGCGAGCAGCAAUCAAACCUUGCAGCGCGGAAGUAUGCUCGUAUCAUCCAGAAGAUAGGUUUCCCAGUUAAAUUUGAGAAUUUCAAGAUCCAGAACAUUGUUGGUUCAUGCGAUGUAAAAUUUCCUAUAAGGCUUGAGGGCCUUGCCUAUUCUCAUCAAUCUUUCUGUACUUAUGAACCAGAGCUCUUUCCUGGUCUGAUCUAUCGGAUGAAACAACCAAAGGUUGUACUUCUCAUUUUUGUUUCCGGAAAGAUUGUCCUCACUGGUGCGAAGACACAAUCAGGACAAUGAAGCAGGUCCAAGUGGCCUUUUGAUAAGUUGCUAUAAUCCAUCGACUGUACAUAUGAAGGAUCGUUUAGGUAGAUGCUAGAGCUCAUUAAAGACUUGUGAAUUCUGGUUCUUAUUGAGAGUUUGUGUAGAAUUUUAUCAUACAAAUUAUAAUCAAUAAAAGUCACUUCUCUUGUUAAAAAAUUGUUGCUUUGGGCUUUUGAUUCUACAUGACAGAAAAAUCUGUAGAGUCACUACUUACUCUGAUUUGUCAUUUGGCUCAUCUCCAGCAUAAGACCAAUUCAUGAUC